AUGCAUCUACAAGUCGGGCCCAGCAUCGAGCGAACGCUCUACCCCAUCCCCGACCAAUGGCACGCUCUCGGAACGAGCAUCUACCAGUUACUCGAUUCCCAGGCUGUCAAGUGGACUUUGAUCGACCCCGUCGCUUUUGCCGAACAGGGGCAGGUGAAGCCGUUCUGCCCGCUCCUUAUGUGGAUUGGGGUCUAUCCCGAGUCUCUCUCCUACCACGCUGCCAUAGCUGCGGCUGAGGCCAUCAAGGAGAUCCUCGCUCAGGCUGGCUUCCCCGAGAUUGAGGCGCCAUACUACGAGGAUACAGGUGCCCUGUACCUCCGUGUUAGCAGCGCCGACAAGCGCACCGUCAUCCUGACCGCCACCCACGUCGCUCGACCUCCUCCCGCGUUCACCAACGCGGGUGUGUCGCGCAGGCGCAACGGCCAGGGUACUCAGGAGAUUGUCGCGCUCGGGAGCGAGGGGUAUAGCAGAGCUGUAACGAGUAUGCUGAGUGUCAUUGGUGACUUCGCUAGCUCGAUCGACAUCUGGAACGACAAUAUUGCUAGGUUGUCCGAGCCCGCCGAGGGCGGGGAGGAGGAUGAGGAGACGGCCGAAACGCGCAAGGAGUACCUGGACCUGGUGGACAGGGCGGAGAAGAAAAUCGAGAAGAUAAACAAGCUUCACAGCGACGUCACGAGGUCCAGGACGACCCCAGCACAUCGCACCAUCGGUUUCGUCCUCCACGCCGAACCCAUCGCCGUCAGCGACGGACCACACAAGUUCACCCGCGACUGGGCGCUGGUUGAACUCUACGAGGACAAGAUCGACUGGGUCUCGUUCAAGGGCAACAAGGUGUAUGUUGGUAUGUUUUCCAUCGCUAGCCACAGUAUCAUUGCGCGGUUCCAGCCGACUGUUAUAUUUAUCCUCGUGGGCGGGAACCUCUCGUCGUCCGACUACCGCAUGAUCAUGUUCCCCCGACCCGAGGCUGGCUACAAGUACCCACGCGACGGUCUCCUCCAGGCCAAUGGCGUCGUGAAGGACAAGGAGAUCCGUUCGCCCCAGCAGCUCGACGCCAACGGCUACAAGUGCCUCCACGUAGUGAAGAACGGCCGGACCACGGGCACGACCGUAGGACGCGUCAACGGGUUGGACUCGUCCACUCGCGUAUACACCGAAUACGGGAUCGAGCAGACGUCCGUCGAGGUAGCCGUCCUGCCCUGCGACAGGAAGCGGGGCGCCUUCUCUGCCCCCGGAGAUUCUGGCGCCAUCGCCCUCGAGAGAGGCGGCGGCAUCGUCGGCAUGCUCACCGGCGGUGGCGGCGCGACUGAUGAGACAGACACCACCUACUUAACCCCGUACUGGUGGCUCGACGAGCAGAUUAAGAAGGUCUUUCCCGGCAACUACCUCUACGACGUCGUCCAGUAG